AUGGCGCCUCCUACAUAUGCCGGCUUUUCGGGCCGGCGACUCGGCCUCGCGAUUUCGACAAUCGCAACUAUGGGCUUUUUGCUUUUCGGUUAUGAUCAGGGUGUCAUGUCAGGUAUCAUCUCGGAUCCUGCGUUCAACGACAUGUUUACUGCCACCAAGAACGACUCGGUCAUGCAGGCAACCGUUACUGCAGUCUAUGAAGUCGGCUGUCUCUUCGGUGCGAUCUUCGCUUUGAUUUUUGGUGAGACCUUGGGACGUCGUAUGAUGGUCAUGUGGGGUGCUACGGUGAUGAUUAUUGGUGUAAUCAUCCAGGUCACUGCCAUGCCCAACUCUAUCCCACUACUGCAGUUCAUCUUUGGCCGUGUGAUUACUGGUAUCGGCAAUGGUAUGAACACGUCGACUAUUCCAACAUAUCAAGCCGAAUGCUCCAAGACCAGCAACCGUGGCCUUCUUAUCUGCAUCGAAGGAGGCAUCAUCGCCAUCGGAACCAUGAUCGCCUACUGGAUCGACUAUGGAGCCCACUAUGGUCCUCAGGACUUGGUCUGGCGCUUUCCUAUCGCCUUUCAAGUCUUCUUCGGUCUCAUCAUCAUCAUUGGCAUGUGGAAACUUCCUGAAUCUCCUCGUUACUUGAUCGCCCAUGGCAAGGUCGAGGAAGGUACUCGGGUUCUUGCUGCCCUCGCGGGCGAGGAAAUCGGACACCCUCAUGUUCAACUGGAGAAGAACCUAACCCUGGACUCCGUUCGAGCUUCCGGAAACUCCCAAGCCAAAUUCAGCGACCUACUUACGGGUGGUCCUUCUCAGCAUUUCCGCCGCAUGUUGGUUGGCUCAUCAUCUCAGUUCUUUCAGCAGAUCUCGGGCUGCAACGCUGUUAUUUACUACUUGCCUGUGCUAUUGGAGGAUUCAAUUGGCCAGAGUCACAAUUUCGCGCUCCUGAUUGGUGGCAUCAACAUGAUCUGUUAUGCGAUUUUUGCCACGUUCUCGUGGUUCUUCAUCGAAAAGAUUGGUCGCCGUAAGCUUUUCCUUGGCGGCAGUUACGGACAAUGUGCUGCGAUGAUCAUUGUUUUUGCAUGCCUCAUUCCUGGCGACAAAGAGAGUGCUAAGGGGGCUAUCUUUGGCUUCUUCCUUUACAUGUGCUUCUUUGGAGCUACAUGGCUACCUCUUCCGUGGCUCUAUCCUGCUGAAAUUUCUCCGCUCAGGACUCGGUCCAAGGCCAAUGCUGUCUCUACCUGCAGCAAUUGGCUUUUCAACUUUACUGUGGUCAUGAUUACGCCCGUCAUGGUUUCUCGUAUAGGGUGGGGAACGUACCUUUUCUUUGCCGCAUGGAACGCCAUUUUCAUCCCUGUCAUUUGGUUCUUUUAUCCCGAAACUGCAGGCCGCAGUCUGGAGGAGAUUGAUCUCAUUUUCGCCAAGGGAUAUAUCGAGAACAUGAGCUAUGUUCGUGCAGCCAAGGACUUGCCCAAGCUCACUGAUGAUGAAAUCGAAGCCAAGGCGGCGGAAUAUGGCAUCCUUGGUGACGAGGAGAAGGCUGAGGAGCGCAUUGCCGAAAAGGACCCUCCUCGCUCCGCUGAAUUUGCCCAGUUUCAGCCGACUCAACUGUGAGGGAAGGCUACGAUAACAUUUUCCCUUACGAUGAUAUGCCUCGCGACAUGAUUUAUUUACCUCUUUAUUUUAUUCUUUUCUUUUUGCUGCUGAGGCCAGUUGCUGGCCAACCUUGUGCCUACGUGGUCCUUGCCUGGUGCAGGAUGGUGGCGUUUGUGUGUGAUGUCUGCUGGGCUUAUCCUUCUCGAUACAUCGGAGCUGGGAAAUCGAAGGAGUUUUUUUUUUGGGGCAAGAUUUACUGCUACGAGAUUGAUGUGGAUAUCAAGCAGUCAUAAACUCGCCGGUCCUGUCCAGAAAUAGUUCUGGUGUGGGCAUGUAUAUACCAG